UUUUUCUCCCAUGCGUUUCUAUGCGAAAGUGCGAUGGGAACACCAGCGCUGCGCCACCUGUCGCGAGUCGUCGGACACUGCCUUUCUCCCUCUCACAAAUUGAUUCCAUGUGGUCGCGCGCCUCCAUUUGCUUCCAUCAAGAAUUUCAUUCCCUACGCAGGGCUUUACAACUGACAAAAACUGAGUUUUUGUCAGUCGACCCGUGUCAAUCGUCGUCUUUCCUACUCCGUGAUCUCCUGUCGACAGAAUCGUACCUUAUUUGUCAUUUUGUCUUAUUUAGCUCAAUGUGACACUGAAGGAUCAGGAAAUUCAUUUCUAGUUUUGCGAAGUAUGAUAUCAGAGUGGGCGCGUUCUGCUGCCCGUCUGGCAACAUUGGUCUUUAGUACAGCAGCUGGCAGUCUUCCAACGUGGGAAGGACACCCGAGUCCGAGAAGGGUAGGGACGCAGUUCCCAGGAGACAGACUCUAGAGUGAUCGCGCUAGCGUUAUCUACUGAUGGAGCAUCCAAAACAAUGAUUAUGGACUUCAUAUUCUUUGUGGGCGGCCUUUAUACCGGGUGUGUCACCAGGGGUGUCACAAAAUUCCGAAAAAUAGGUUUCACAUACCUACUUGGGAUACACUCACUUUUGCAGUCUAAAAACAGAACUCAUAGCACCAGAGGUCGGCAUUUUGGCUCAAGAUCACUCACGAUCACUAUUAUCUUAUAAGGCGUAUCGUCCUCAUACUCACUUUGAACUCAGAUGAAGGUCGGUAUCGCGCCCUGUAUCUCGCAUCCGCGAUCACGAUAUAUUGUCAGAUCAUCGACAACAACGAUGCCAGGCGGGUCUCACACGAGUUACUAUGAAUGUUCGCACGUUCACGGCCACGAAAUCAAGAACCAAUAACACACGCAAUAUUGAUUACGUCCUAUAUUAGUGCACUCACGAGAUAAUGUUACUGAGUAUCACACACAGACAUGUACAGCUGAGUUACUUGAGAACAAAGCUUGUUUCUAGGGACCUCGAUCGAGACUGAAUGUCAUGCAGGGGCGCCGUUUGACUGAGCAUAUCUCUUCAUAAUGCGUAUGUUUGAUGGAGGAUGAAUCAUACACGGUUACGGUUUUGAAUUUUAAUAAAUGGGAUUGGGAACACAAUACAUUUUCCCCAUUGUUUUGUUAAUUUUUUAAAGUCUUAAUACAUGACGCCAAUUUUAGCUGCGAGAGCGACGAGCAAAUUAAAAUUUUUAGCAUAAUGCAAAACUUUCUAGCUCGUACUCGAAAGGAGAAAAGCAGUGUUGAACAAUUAGAGGCGUCUUUGCCGCCUGCUUAGCUUCAGUGGCUUUUGGUUCUCGGUAAUCAGUGAAAAGCACCAAUAAAAGUAGGCAGCGGUCGAUGGAAAUGAUUUAUACACCGUUGAUUACCGGACUGAGUGCAUCAAAUCAAACAAUUUUAAUUCCAUUGGUUUCAUGUUGAACUACAACGAACACAACAAAUUAAAUAAUCCCCAAUAAAAUAAGUAACCAAGCAUUGUAUCUCGCGUAUGACAGCACACAAGUUAAAAUUACUCCUCUUUGAUAACGAAGCGCGCCAGAUCUUCAACUUGUCGUCACCCUACAACGGGUGCUACCAUAGCGUCACAUCGAACAGACAUUCGCCACGAUCCCUUGCGCGAGCCUACACACCCGGUUUGGAGCGCGAAAUUUAAAUAUAACGACAACGAUCGCUACAUUGCCGUGCUACGGUGAUCAGACCGUGUCAGGUAGCUAUGCCCUCCCUUUAGCCUACAUAGGUUCCUAGUUACGCUUGUAGCAAAACAAACAAACGAACAAACGUGAAAGUUGAAGAUUGGGGCGACUGGAUCACAGCGUUCGAAGUGUACAUAGAACGUUCCUGCUACAAUUCACGUCUACUGUCUUCCUAUUUAAAAUAUGGCCAUCAAAGGCCACUGUUGGGUGUUGGGCGAAGUACUCACGCAGCGACUAAUCAAUAAAACUGAAUGCACGGGUGUCAUGAGCGAUAUCGGCAUAUCAACGCACAUACGCACCAGUGCCAGCACAAAAAAAACCCUACUCAAAAACUUGCAUAACAGUGAGUAUGUGGCAGGCGCGGUUGCAACAUAGACGCACAGGUACACAUUUACAGCAUUUACUCUUGACUCUGACCGGCAAAAAUAGAAAUGGAAAUGUUCAUAUGCAAAACGCCCCGAAAGCAAAUUCGUCUGUGUAGUAGCACUUUGAGCAUCAACGUCAGACCGAUGUAGAACAAAACUGCUACCUCGGGUCAACAUGAGUGCGGACUCACACGAUAAUGGUUGUGAAGGGAACUCAUUUCGUUCGAAGCCCUACAGUUCCCGUUAGUACCGCUGUGGGACGUCCCAGCAUGAGUGCACUAAGCAAGUACACGAUACCUCGCUGCAGCGUGACCGCGGUCACAAUAAUGGCGUUGCCAUGUCGACGUGACAGCAGAUUAUUGCAUAGGUGCUGCCAUGCUGAAUGAAACGAGUGGGCCUCACACAUUCGAUACAAUCAACGAUCGUGAUUGUGCGUAUCGUGAGUUAUCGCGCUCAUUUAGUUUUAUUUUUUUUUUUUUUUUUGCGGAGGUCUGCAUAGCACAUUCUGCACGAACCAUUGCAACGAAUGAUAGGGUUAUCGCUUCUGAUUCGAAAGAUAGUGGGGCGUACGCCUUUUUUGUGUCAACCUGAAUAUAUGAUAAUUCGUCUGGAUGAUUGAUUGAUCUUCAUGAUUAAUCUGGAUAUUGAUAUAUUGCGUCAACCUGGAUAUAUGAUAAUUGACCACAAAAAUGCGUACGCCGUCCUGUCUCCUCGGAUCAGAAGCGAUAACGUUAUCACUCGUAGAAAUGGUUGGCGCAGAGCGUGCUAUGCCAUGCCGUUCUGGUUUCAGAGUGCGCCACAGAUUGAGGCCAUCUGCAUUCGCAUUACGCAUUAAUUAAGCUAAUUUGCAUAAUUAAACUGGACAAAUUGUCAAGCAAAGUCAGCGUUUUUCUUCCCGAAUCCGCCUCCCCUCUUUAAACUUCACCGCAGAGGACGCUCCUGGCUAAUCGUUAUUCCGAACGACAUCGUUAUUUGAUCUGAUUUGUUGAAAACGAGAGACGUACGUCUUUUUGUCACGCUUACGCAGUUAUAGUAAUUGUUACAAGAAAGCAUAUGCAAGGUACAUAUAAAUGGUAGCGAAGGCGAGAAAAAAUACCAAAUCUGUGUUAGCAACACUGCGCCCUUCAUGAUACACAUGCGAGCGUGGUUGUUGAGGGGCAAACUACGAACGUAAACAAAAAUAAUUUGAUCGGAGGCGCGAAUAAUGUGUGUAUUAAUCCAAUAUGCAUAUUUUUAAUAUAGCAAUUCGCCCGGUCUGCCAGUAAUACGUAAGAUUAUAGACAGAGCCGAGUACGCUUCCGGUUCCUGUCCCUCAGCAUGUUGUUAGCUACGAGCUACGAGCUUGCCGUACGUUGACUGCGCGCUUUGUGAUUGUUGAUAGCCGUUUUCUUCUUCAUCGUCGUCUUUUCAAUUUCAAACCACCAAGUCAAACAGGGGACACUUCUCGGAGAACUAAGGUAAGGCAGGCACACACGAACAAUGGUAAAACACAACAGAACGCCGGUAAACCUGUUCCUGCAGGCUCUACCGGGAGACGCACCAUGUCGAGGCGCUACAUAAGCGGUGCCUCCUGAAGGAGAAAGGAAACUGUGACGCCGAUGACACUAUGGGCGGUAUAAGUUUCCACCGUUUUCCUCGGGACCCCUUGAGGUACAAGGCGUGGCUGGAGUUUUGCAACCUGGAGGCGGAUACGAGUCUAAUUUCCAUUCGCUCUAAGGUCCUGUGCUCCCAGCACUUCGCACCAGUUGCUUAUUUGCGCACAGGAAGGCUUCGGUGGGAUGCAGUUCCUACAUUGAAGCGCACACUGCAUGGCGUUGGAGGAAGUAGUGCCUACGCCAAUCAGAGCAGACUUGAAAGCAGUGGGCCUUCAACGGAGGAACGUGUGCAAGCUGUGGUAGCCUGCGAUGACGACAGCACAGGAGCAAUACACCUUCACCAGAUGAGUCAUCCUUGCCAUGCUGAAGAGUGUGGUACUGAAGAAAGUCAGCAACAGCGUGAUCUGUCUCAUCAGGACCAUAGCUACGCACAACACGCACCAGCCUUGUCAACACAGAGCACUGUUGUCUCCCCACUAGCUGCAGUUGUCACUCCUCUGCCAGGAACGUCGUCUGGUGUACUGCGUGCAGUCUCGUCACCUCAGCACUUAGGAGGUGGAAGUGGCUGGCAUCCCCCCAAAGAUUGCCCAUCGUCCAGUAGUCUAGCAGCUCCAGCACAGCCAACAAAAGGCAAGCUGGAUAACCUCCGCAAGAAAGUGCACCAGUUGCAAGCCCUGUGUUCAGCACCUGUGUUCAUAGAUACCUAGCAUACAUUUUCUAUUUUGAAUCUUCA